AAAUCAAUAUAUAUUUGCUCUCUCUCUAUAAUAGCAUAUAUGUGUCCUUCGACAACGUAGAAAACAAUUUAUCGGUUCAGUCCCAGUCCCACCACUGUGUUUUCACUCAUGUCUCUCUUGUCUUUUUCACCAGCCAGGUUCUUCUGCGGAGCCACCAUCGCCUUCUCUCUCUACUAUCUCUCCGUCGCAUUUUCAACCACCAUUGUUGCCGGCACUCCAUCAACCACCAUGGAUCCCUACCAACUCCUCCACAUAAUCCUGAAUCCAAACGGUACCCUUACUCGCUUGGAGAAACACCCCGAGUCUCCUGCCGCACCAGAUCCGAACUCUCAUCUUCCUGUUCUUUCCAAAGAUCUCACCAUCAAUCCUUCACGCAACACCUGGGCUCGCAUCUUCCUUCCUCUUCAAGCACUCAACCAUCCCCGAUCUUCCCUCACCAAGCUGCCGCUCAUUGUCUUCUAUCACGGCGGCGGCUUCAUCUUCUACGCCGCAAACUCAACUUAUUUCCAUGACUUCUGCGUAAGCUUGGUACAAAGAACCCAAUCCGUCGUCGUUUCAGUCAACUACCGCCUCGCUCCCGAGCACAGGCUACCGGCGGCGUACGAUGAUGCGUUGGAAGCAUUGCACUGGAUCCAAACCUCUGAGGAUCAGUGGUUGACACGUUUUGCUGAUUAUUCCAGAUGCUAUCUCAUGGGGGAGAGUGCAGGGGGUAAUAUCGCCUACAAUGCGGGUCUACGUGCAGCCGCGGAAGUCGAUCAACUUGAACCAGUGAAGAUCCAAGGGCUGAUAUUGAUUCAACCAUUCUUCGGCGGAGUGAAGCGAACUUCUUCAGAACGGAGGCUCGCAAAUGACACGGUUUUGCCACUGCCCGUGACUGAUCUCAUGUGGGAGCUUUCGCUUCCCGUAGGGGCUGAUCGUGAUCACGAGUACUCCAAUCCGACGGCUGAGAGAGGUUCUAAGGGUUUUGAUAAUAUCACUCGGCUUGGAUGGAAAGUUAUAGUGUUUGGAUGUUAUGGGGACCCACUUGUCGACCGACAGAUCAAGCUGGUGAAUACACUACAAGAAAAUGGUGCGCAAGUGGAGGGUCACUUUCAGGGUGAGGACAAACAUGGAGCUUUCGUCGGCCAGCCUACACAAGGCAAAGCCUUGGAGCUGUAUGACACUUUAAAGAAAUUAUUCAACACCCCAUUAGUGGCUUAGGUCUUUUUUUUUUUAAUUUUUAUUUUAAUUCAUUUUGGAUUAAGUAGUUUGCUUUUAUUUUUAUAUUCGAAUAAUACCUUUAGGUCUCCUUCGUAUCUUAAGAUGCCAAUGAUGCUUGUUUGAGUCGAAGCACAGAGGUUGUUUAAUGG